CCCGUAGGAAGAUGAGCCGAAUCCACCAAUCACCAUGUACCUGGGUAAUUUGCCUGUCGUACUAUUUGUAGUAGUUGGUAGUGGUAGUAGGAGUAAGUCGUGGUAGUAGAACGAAUCCUGAUAGAUGUGGGUGAGAGGCGCGACUCGAUUAAUCUAACAAAUCACCCGCGACGCCUCGCAUAUCUUCACCUAUUCAUAUCUUUCAUUGAUAGUUAUAGCGCUCCUCACGACUUUAAUCAGACUCCUCUGUUCGGAUCUUCUUCAUCGACCGGUUUUGUGUGAGAAUAUCGGGGCGGGAAUGUCGCACAGUUGUGGCUGCACCACAGUCGCUGCGUCGUCGACAGCCGAGAAUAGCCAGUCAGCAUGGUGGCUUGUGUGAUAUCCUAAUGUCAAAGACCGUGCUACGUCUUCCUCGACAUCAAUAGCCGACCCUACCUGCAUUGUCGCUUUGUCCUCUCGCGAGGAUGGGCUCGCCUCUGUCCGAGGAGCGAGCAUCGAAGCUUUCGCGAUUACUUCACUCCCGGUCGACCUCCAACAUUUUCGAUGUCAUCAACAGCUCUCUCGCCACUCCUAGGACCAACUCACCAUCGGGCUCUCAUGUAUCGUCUCAACACCACACUGGCACGCCGCCAAGUGAGAGCGGGAGGUGGUCAAUUAAAUCCCUAAAAAGGGAGUGGAAAGCCAGGACCCAUGCCCGUUCGUUGUCUUAUUUCCCCGAUGGCAGAGUAUCAAAUAAGAUGAGUAGUGAGCAACGUGAUCCAGCGACGUAUUUACCUAACCGCGAUGGCCACGUCUCGCGCUACAGGUCGAAGUCAUCUUCUGGCAUCCUCUUCGGCGGUCGGGUGCCAGUUCAUCAAGAAUGGCCGGAGAGAAUUUCUUCCAAAAAAGGUUGGGGACAUCCACUAAGGACGAGCGUUUCCUCAAGGACUCUUUCACGGAUCAUCUGUUCGGAGGAAGCAACGCCAGAGACCCAAUCCCCGGUCAGAAAAGACAUCAGUCGGUCUAGGUUAUCGACGAGGGUAGCUCCCGAACCUACUGGGGGAGGUUAUGAUUACCAAACCACGGUUCAGAUUAAGCAACCUGCAUCGGAUAGUGGGCUCGAUGACAGGAAUGGAGCGAGCUCGCGAAAAGUCCCGACCCAGUCCAGACCCGGUGAUCCCCAUCGCCCCACGCUUUCCAGGGGAGCAUCCAAGAACUCAUUAACAAUAUCGAUCGAAAACCACGGGCAACAACCUGAGCAAUUAAACCUGGGUUACUUGGGAACCUCAACCCCCUCCCAAGCAGCUGGCAGAGGGAUUCUUUCACAACAAACUCUCGCACCUCCUAAAGAUCCUCUGCUGCCCGAUUCUCCUGGAUUUCCUAAGAUGCUAGCAGCAAUGACCUUCCCCUCCCCACCUACAACCUCAAGACCGCCCUCGUCAGACAGAAGUAUCGGCUCAACAACACCUUGUCAAGCAAGUACCACUGACCCUCCGACGGUGCGACCUCGUACAUCGAGUAAGCGCGCGUGUACAUCUAGUGGUUUGCCUACGGCUUCGCUUGAUGAACUAUUAAUGCAACCUACGAGGCCAGUUAUGAAGCCUGCCGAGCUAAACGACGCUUCGCGUCUUACUUCGAUCCCAGGAAAAUGUCUAACAACUAGCAUCGUUGGCACCUCACCGCCAAUAGCUACAGGACAGGAUGAUACGUCAUUAGUCAUAGGCGAGUUAAAAUCUCGGCCUUCGUCCAGUGCAUCUUCUAUGCCAGCCGGGGCUGCUUACGAUUCCGUCACUCCUGCGACUAGUGAUAACGCAAAUUCGCAACGGCAGUCCCUGAUGAGUGACAUCACGGUGACAAGCUCCCGCCCAGGAUCCCCCACCACUGCUGGCUCUAGGACGUGUACUGUUGAUAUAAAUGAGAGCAGGUCGUGUCCUAACGGGGUGACCCGCCGCUUUUGCUCAUCACUUCUGGCAAUAAGUCCAAGUCUAGGACAGUCCUGUUAUAAGCAGGAUCUGAGUUCAACAGAUUUAGCGUUGCGGAUUUGUAAUUAUAACUCAGGUGGCAAGACUAUCACGAACAUGCAAAUAGCAAAUUUCACAAGCCGCGAUGCAGACGGGCGAAAGAGUAUAGUGGAAAGAAGAAUAGCACGGAGGGCCAAAGUACAAGCCUACAAGAGACGAGACCUAGACGCAGCCAAACUUGCUCUUAGAGCUGUAUCAUUGGGAUCGAUGAUGCUUGAGUCUAAAGAUUCCCCCAUUCUAGGAUGGUUUACUGACAGUGCCGCUCACCAACGAAUGGUAUCACUGCGGAAACUAUCCCAUGCGCACGUUGAUCACGUAAUCUCUGCUAGAAAUGGAUCUUGUGACGAUUCAUUUCCACCCAGAGAAGAUCCGGCCCCGUCAAAGUCGGGGCAGAUGGCCUCCAAGAGUACCCCAGAUGUACCCGAGACCAGUUCGGCGACAUCUGGUAGCAAUGACUGGACGUUCUCUCCUAUCAUGACAAUAGAGAUAAUUCCGGAGUAUUCUUCCGUUCUUGGUCCACGACAGGCAACUAACGGAAUUACUAUAUCACCUAUCAUGGUUGUUGCCGACCUACAGUCUCGGCCGGGUUCACCAGUACUAUCCGUAUCGUCGAUACACUCGCCAGUAAAUACGUAUGCGUCUUCCAGGCCGGCCCUUAAACAUAGGCUCAAGAUAAUACCACAGACCCGACCGAGGCCCGUGUCGAUCAUGAUGCACCGAAAUCCUACGACGGGCGAUAUUGAACGUACUGUAUCGAGCACCAGCAAAGCCAAUCGUCACAGCUUCACUAGCAUGCCAUCGCUGCCACCAUCCCCUACUUCUCCGUCGAUUAGGAGAAGGAGCCACCCGCCUGGAAUUCUCUCGUCCACCCAGUCGCCUGCGACUUGGGAUUCUACUAUAGCCUUGGGACAGUCAAUACCGAGUGCUACUGGUCAAUACGAAGGCAACGAAAACAAGUGGCGCGUUGCAUCAGUGAAGGAGCGGUUGCAGAGGGAGAAGUUGGCCAGGGAGGAAGAAAUAUCCGAAUUGGUCGAAAAAACGAUCAAUGCAACUAAACCUGGGGAGUCCAAUCAAGGAGAGAUGGAGAAAUCCCAAGGGGAACAUAUCGAACAACAAAUCGAAGGGAGAAUACAGCGUCUCGAGGAGAACGGGGACGCUUGGCUACGCGUGGUAAAGGGGUUGUUAGAAAACAUGUCCAAGACUCUUCACGAUAUACGAGAAGAGAACAACACGGGAGGGUUGACGAUGAAUGAGUUCACUGUUAACCUUGAUGCCGAGGCAAGACGAAUAUCAUCUUGUAGUCCGCCUACGCCCGUCGUUUCUUCUUUAACCGCGGGCGCUUUUAAUAAAGAAGUUAAAAAUUAUGUAUAUAAUUAAUUAAAAAUAAUGUUAGCCGCGUAAUAUAAUGUUGUUUAUUUUUGUUGCGUAAUAACGUUAAAAAA